AUGGCUGUGGGUACGACUCCGGAUGGAAAUGGAGGUGGAGCUGCUGGCUGGAAGCUCCAGCUCGAGCAGGAGCAGGGUACGAGCACCUCGCACGGCAGCAGCAGCAGUGGCAGUGGCAGUGGCAGCUGCAAAUCCUCGCCAGCAACCAACAAGGCGCUUGGACACAAUCAUGGCUACAGUAAUGGCAAGCAAAGCGGAUCAUCUUCGGGCUUUGGAGCGGGCUCCUCCGCGGGCGCCGCAUCGCUGGGGGCCUUUGCCAGGCUGCCCCAUCACCAGCAGGCCACCCAACAGCAGCAGCAGCAACAGCUUUAUGCCUCCGGCGUGUCCAAGUUGCCAUUCUCGCCGUUCUUUGCGGCCUCGCCAUUCUUCUUCACGUACCGAAGGAUCAGUGGCAAGCAGGAGGAUAACAAUAAUAGCUGCAGCUACAACAAUGGCAGCAGCAGCGCAGGAUCUGGAGCGGGGGCGGGAGCAGGAUCCGGAGCAGGUGCCAGCACCAUGCAGGAUUACGACCGCAAGUUCUCGCUGCUGAGCCUGUUCAAGAAUCCCUACAAGUUUGGCGAUACGCAGACUUCGCGGAAAACCUCCCCCACUGGUGGAGGUGCAUCCUCCAAGUCCCUGACCGGAGUCGCCUCCUCCUCCUCCUCGGCCAGCUGGAAGAGCUACGCGGGAUCGGGCUCUCCGCAUGCCGCCCUCAAUCCCGCCUUCGGUGGCAUGGCCCUGGGCGCCACGCGAAAGGAUAGCAGCAGCUUCAGCGGGAUUAACUUUGGCGGCGGUGCCUCCGCCUUUGGGCGCUCCUCCUCCUGCUCCGAUUCGGCGGCCAACGGCGGCUACAAUGAUCUCUCCAAGAACCGCAAGGUACACAAGUGUGACACCGAAGGCUGCGACAAGGUGUACACGAAGAGUUCGCACCUCAAGGCGCACAAGCGAACGCACACAGGCGAGAAGCCGUACGUGUGCACGUGGGAGGGCUGCAUUUGGCGCUUCGCCCGCUCCGACGAGCUGACCCGCCACUACCGGAAGCACACGGGCGUGAAGCCGUUCCGCUGCCAGCUGUGCACGCGCAGCUUCAGCCGCUCGGACCACCUGUCGCUGCACAUGCGCCGCCACUGAGGAUCCGGGAAUCUGGAACUGGAACUGGAACUGCCAACCUGGCCAUACAUAUGUAUACACAACUCCACACAUAUCCGGACACAAUACUCAUCCGAGGAGCCCCUCGCCUCUAUUUAUAUGCACCCGAAUCACUUCCAUCGAUCAUAUUUAACGCGACCAGAUAUAUUCCAUAUCGCCUAAGUAGCUCAAUUUCUAAUGGUAAGCGGGCUCAAAGCCCAACUUAUAGCUGUAGUUAUAGCCUUAGUUCUGGGCCGCGAAAGAUUUGUAAAAUUUUUCCCCUUCAGGGCCCAGAGAGACAAUUGCCUUCAGAAGCCAAGUUAACAAAGUGGAUGUUUUAAGCCUACUACUUUUAGAAAUAUCUAUCUACAUAGUUAAUUAUACAACAUUGUACUAACAGAUAGUUUUGGAUUGGUGCUAGCAACUUGCGUGUACAUAGCUCUAGAUGAACAUUUACAGCCUAGUUGGAUAAGUGGAAAUUUUAACUAAUUUUAGAUGAAAUUUUUAUUGGUUGUUAAGUAGAAAAUUGUAAACAAAAGAGAACGGAAACUCACAAAAAGAGGCAAACAACAUUAAAAACUGGAAGAGCCAAGCAAAGCAAUAUUUAUAUAUAUGUAUCUAUGUAUUUAUAUAUAGAAAUUCUCUCAUCUAUAGGCUAUUUUAUACAUUUUGUACUAUACGCAUAUGAUGUGACAGUUUGGUUAACUGGGGAGUUGAGUUGGCCAAAAAGGGGUUAAGCAGGACUACAAAGCUGGCCUAUAAAAAAGUCUUGAAUAACUUGAAACCCAAACAAUCGAAAGAAAUCUUAUAAAUAAAAUAUAUAUUUAUAUUUUAUAUUUAUUGUGCCUUAAUCUAUAUUUAUCCAACAAGGUUAGAAAAACUGUCUUACAGCUCUGUAACGCACUGUAUGCCCUGCCCGGCCCCAUUGGCAAUUUGCCUCAUACCAACUGUCAUCAUAGAUUUUAGCACACACACACACACAGACACAAAAGC